GUUGUCCUAAUCGAAUCGGACCCAAACAUUCACGAAAGCUGUUGAUUUUUGGUCCCAUCUUUGUUCAUAUGGUCGCAGGAAUGGAGUUUCUCCACCAUUCCCACCUCCUUCCCUCAUACUCAAACUAAAGUCUCCGUUAGGGUUCAUGGAAGCUUCAUUCUGAGCUGUUUUAUCAGUUAGAUAAUGGAGAAUCCUGAUCAGGAUCAGCAAGAUCCGAGGAGCGUUCCUGGUGUGGAGGACACAACUGCAAUGACUAUUGAGUUUCUUCGUGCUCGAUUACUAUCAGAACGAUCUGUUUCAAAAUGUGCAAGAGAGAGAGCUGAUGAACUAGCAAAAAGAGUUGCAGAACUGGAGGAGCAGCUAAGGGUUGUGUCUUUUCAAAGAAGAAUGGCUGAAAAGGCCACAGCAGAUGUACUUGCCAUCUUAGAAGACAAUGGGGCUACAGAUAUUUCUGAGACACUUGAUUCAAACUCUGACCAUGAAACGGCAAAAGUUGAGGAUGGCUGUGUAAGAGGGGAUGCAAACUCCAGUUCAAUAGGAAGGAGAAACGAACACGAAGAAUAUUCAGGUUCUGAUACUUCUCCAAUGUUAGGUGGAAGCCUGUCUUGGAAAGGACGCAAUGAUAGACCACAUAUUCGCGAGAAGUACAAAAAAUUUUCUAUAAGAAGUCAAAGCAAUUUUACUUCGAUUGGUUCUUCUUCACCAAAACACCAACUUGGAAGAUCAUGCCGCCAGAUAAAACGUCGAGAUACAAGACCACUAGAUGGGGAGCAAGAGCUCAAAUCCAAGACAUGCGUGGAUAGUUGUCAAGAGAUAUCAUCUACUUGUUCAGAAGACUCUCGGAAUUACUCUGUAAAUGGGGACAAGAUCUCGAGAGACAGCUAUGAACUUCAUGAAAAGACACGCUUGGGUUCUUCAGAAGUUCAUAAUAGUGUAGGAAAUAAAGAUCAAGAUCAUGAUUUAGAUGGAUAUGAAAAGGUAAGCGCUAUGGAGAAGUCAUUGAAAUGUCAAGCACAACUCAUUGAUCAAUAUGAAGCAAUGGAAAACGCUCAAAGAGAAUGGGAAGAGAAGUUCAGAGAAAAUAACAACAGCACUCCCGAUUCUUGUGACCCUGGAAACCAUUCAGAUAUCACCGAGGAAAGGGACGAGAUCAGGGCUCAAGCGCCAAAUCUGUCGAAUAGUUCUUUGCUUGCAAAUGAACCAAAAUCACAGGUUUCAGCCGAUUGUGUCACUAGAGAUUUGUCCCAAGCUCAAACCAGUGGGGGGCUUGGCCCAUCUUUGUGUUCUGAUGUGGAAGACUUUCAGGAUCAGAAUAUGAACAGCGUUUCCACUUCAAGAUCACUUGAAGAAUUUACCUUUCCUAUGGCUAAUGUAAAGCAAUGCCAAGAAAGCCAAGAAAACAGAGAACAAGAACCUUCAUGUACCUCCAACAUCAAUCAUGGGCUCCCAGAAAGGCUGUUGUCAUCUCAUACUGGUAUCAAUAUCUAUGACCAAGAAACUCCGUGCAGUCGUAACGAUCUAUAUGCACUGGUGCCACAUGAACCGCCUGCAUUAGAUGGUGUACUAGAAGCACUUAUACAAGCCAAACUAUCACUAACCAAGAAAAUCAACAAAUUACCCUUUGUAGAAGGUGGUUCAGUUGAUAAAUCCAUUGGAGCCUUAUCUGUUCCAAAAGUUGAGGACAGGUUAGAAAUCCCAAUUGGAUGUGCUGGGCUCUUCAGACUUCCAACUGAUUUUGCUGCUGAAGCUUCUUCUACACAGCCGAACUUCUUGGCUUCAAGUUCCGAGUUAAGAUCGACAGCUCGUUAUACUGGUGUGAGUGUUGCAUUAUCUGCAACUCAUCAAAUUUUCCCUGCUCAUGAAAUGGAGGAUAGAUCAAGUUUUUUAACAGGUUUACGCAGCAGCCAUUACCAUACUGGUUCGGGUUCUACCCGAGAUGGAUAUCUAACCGACCAUUUCCCCGAGCAUAGAUGGAAAAAUCCUGGCCAGAACCAUCAUUUCGAUCAAUACUUCGAUGCAAUUCAACCUUCUCCCUAUGUGCACAGUUAUCCAUCACCACCUCCAGUAUCGUCGAGCAUCCAUCCGAAUGAUAGCUUCUUAAGAACUCUUCCCAAUCGGACCUUAGAAAUGCCUCCGACCAACCAAUAUUCAUUUUUCGAAGAUCAACUUAGGCCGAAUAUGUAUAGAUAGUUGCAUGUAGUUAUAUAAGUACAGAUUUGUGAUAUAUUCUUCAGGUACCUUGGAAGGCCAUUUCUACCUUGCUGGAAGGAAAUUGGCAUUAGAAGGAGAAGGAGAUUUGUCCGUUUGUAAUAUUAACGUUGUUUGUCCUGUAACUUAAGGUUGUUCUGUCUGGACAUCAGGUUAAAAUAAACCAUAAAAUACU